AUGAUACCGCCACUUAUUCAGCUUGAUACGUCGAAAAACUUUUUCGAAAGUGUCGUUCCAUUUAGUAUCAAGAAAGUGGAACAGUUUCUGGAUGCGACAACAGUAGUGAAUGAUAACGAUGAUUGGCAUUCCGAGGAUGAAAAUAAUAGCAGUGAUGAGAAUUUGGCAAGUGAUCUAGGAAGUGAAAAGGAUAUCUCAUUACUUUUGGAAGGAUAUGAAAAGAAAGCGAAUAUGGUGUAUCAUUGCGAUAUUUGUAACAUAGAUGUGCAUGGAUCGGAAUGUUGGGAAAGGCACUUGAAGGGGAAACGACACAGGAAAGCGAAUGGUGCUCUGAAGAGACGUUUGGCUCGAGAGGAGCAAUUGAAGUCACGCGAUGAAGAUGAGAAGUGUAAUGAUGUGUCGUUUGAACCGAACAAAAUUGAUAACGAGAUUGAAAUAAAUUCGUGA